AUGAAUGGCAUUUUCCCAGCCGACCUCGCAGUUUAUCUUGCUCUCUUUCCCAUAACUUGUUAUAUCUUCAUGGCACAUAGAUGGACCGGUUUCUUGCCCUGGUACUAUCUCUGCAUCUUCUGCCUGGCUCGAAUCGUGGGUGGUGCACUGGGUGCUCAGGACAAUAGCAGCCUGCCGGCCAACAUUAUCCAGAGCGUCGGAAUUGCACCAUUGAUUCUUGCUGUUGAUGGACUAGUACACGAAGCUCGAGCAUAUCGCUACCCAUCCAAGAGCCGCCUCCUCGAUUGGUCUGUUGUAGUAUUUACCUCAAGUUUAAUGGCUGCAGCCCUAGGGCUCUCAAUUACAGGAGCUCUGCACAUCUACCAACGCAAUGCCACGCCAGACAGUCUAUCCUUUUGGAAAGCUGGGUCGGCCAUGAUCGUCGUGGUGUGGCUAAUGCAGGUGUUUUGGUCAAUUUUCUCCUUGGUGACCUCUGAUGGGAAGACCUACGGUCCGGCACAUCAAGGAAGCACCGCCCUUCUUCAAGGUGCCUGUGCUGCACUCAUUCCUAUCGGGAUCCGGGUCAUUUACACCCUUGUCGCGGUUUGCACUCAGCGAACAGACCUUAGUCCAGUGUAUGGGACAACUGCCGUUCGCGUCGUACUCAUGUUCCUCCCAGAGGUUCUCGCAAUCGUGGUUAUGGUGGUUCGUAAUAAUAACUUGGGAUUCGUCUCUCUUUCUUGUUUUGCUUUCUGCUUUUUCGUUCCCCCCCCUCUUUCUGCCCUCGCUGCCCUCGAGCUGGCCGCCUGCCUGCCCCGUCCUGCAAGUGUGACGCUCUUGGCGCUCUUUCCGGCUGUGGCGCGCCCAGUUCUGACGAGCCACUUCCCGAUUAUUUCCUCCAUCCUCUCUCUGUUGUUCGCCCAUCUUGCCAGAGCUGCGCUUUGGGAUCCUACAUCGACAUCACCCGUUCCCAUUGUGCAUGGUCCCUGGCUGUGUGAAGAGAGGCUGGCCUUCCGCCCCAGUCGCGAUGUUUCGUCGCAGAAGUUCGUCCCGUCAUCAGAGGCGAUCGCUGGCGCGCACCCCAUGGUCGACGUCCGCGUGGUGCCUCCGCUGAAUACGACUCCGUCGGCAUCUGCGCAAACCGCUGCUUCCAGGGCGUUUACGGCGAACAGAGAUGCCGGUGCCGCUCUGUCAUCGGCCGCCGCCGCCGCCGCAUUGCGAAGCCAUACAACCACCCCGACAUCCGUCGAAAAUGUCCAGUCGAAGCGCAUGCUGCAACGGCGGCUCUCCAACUCAUCCCGCGGAAGUGCGGCGACUACUCCUGUUCGAGGCGGUUCCCUCCAUCGGACUCCCAGCUCCAGUUCCAUGUCGUCCAGGACGUUCCGUGAACCUUCUCCCCAUCGGCCGCAAACCAGCUCCGGCGAAACAACAAAAAGACAUCCUCCCAUACCUCCACUACCUCAGGGACUCACAAACCUCUCCAAGCUAGGAGGAGGCCGGCGCUCUUCCAGUGUCCAGGUCCCUCCUUCGCGCGUUACCUCGCCAUCCACAGUGCUACCGAAUGGUAGGGUGACCAGUCUUGAUCGGUCUUCCGGUCAAACUGCGAGUCCUACGAGCCCCUCGCCGCGUACGGUCAGAAGUCAGCACUCAGCUCAAAGCUCUCUUGAUCUCGACCGGCCGGGGAGCCGGACAUCAAUCAACUUCUCAUACCCGAUGAAUGCGCGGCCAAACUCUCCACCUCACUCUCCCAUACAAACCGAAUUUCCCCGAGACUCGUCCGAGCAAUCACCCAGCCGGCCUUUAUCCCCUAUAGAAGCGGCGAACAUCCAGCAAUCAGUCAACAAGGCUUCCAGCUUAAAGGUCAAAAAGAAGCCUAGGACGGCGGCUCCGGGGUCUACAGAAGGGAGUCAUUUGGCUCAAAAGAGCAUGGGAAGUCGCCCUACAGGUUCAGCCGUUCAGGAUACGCCAAAGUCGGUCGAUUCAAGAGCUCCUCAAUCUCCUAAAAGCCCCAUAACCGAUAAUACCACAAAACGUCCCAGUCCAGUGGUCGACGACAGUUCCCAGUCUCCUAUCGCUAUUAUCAACAACAGCACACCAACCGAAGACGUUAAUAAUGUGCGGGCUAAACCUAAGAAACGGCCGUCAGCUGUGAUGGAGGAUCACAACGCUGAAGAACAGGCAGAAGCGGCAGAAACCUCUCAGCAAAAGAUUCCAGAGCCCCCGGUCGCUCCACAGUCUCCCGUCAAUAAUAAAAGUGUGAAUGGCCGUCCAAAUCAGCGUCCUCCGGCACAUCUAUCUAUCGAAACCCCCCAAACAAAAGACCAAAUGAUUUCCAAUUCUCCGAUGCGACUGUCGCCUUCAACUUCCUCAACCCCGUCGUCGCCAGCAUCAGACAGACUUUCCGCCGAUCAGACUUUUGACAAGCAAAAACCGGACAGACCGGCAUCUAUCAGCCCAAAUCGAUCUGCCAGGUUCUCAAGUCAUUUGACAGUAAGCUCAGAGUCACCUAUACAUGAGCCCCCGCCGAGAUCAAUGUCGCCUGUAAAGCCAGCUCUGAAGAUGUCUUCAUCCCCUGAUCGACGCCUUUAUACCGGACUUCGAACGGGUCAGACCCCAAGUGAGAUCUCGGAUGCCACCUCUGUGGCCUCGGACGAUGGAUCGCGCACGGGCUCAAGAAAGAAGGCCGUCAAGGUCAGUUUUGACGAUGGGCCGGACAUUGUUGGUGUGGCUGCAAGCCCCCCCACCUCACCAGAACCGGUUGAUACUCCAAGCCCUAUUGAGAAGACAAAGUCACGGAGUUGGUUCUCGAUUGCGAAGAAGAAGCUCAAUCUCAAAGAUGCGAAUGAUGACGACUUCGAGUCUGUUCUUAAGCCUAGACCUGCACUUCCAUCUUUUGGCAGCAUCCGCGGUACGAGAGAACUGGAUGAACCUACUACGAGCGUGGUAGACGAUGACAACGAGUCCACUUCUUCAUCCGAUGAUGAGCUUGACCAUUUCUCUGCAUCAAACGACCAUGCCAUUGGUGGUAUCCUAGCCAACGCUUACUCACAGAAAGAAGAGUCCAUUGCUCAAGACAGGGAAACCACGGCUCAGAACACGGGGUCGGAGGCAAGAGAUACUGUUUUGGAAGAUAUUGAUGAAAUCCCAUCAGUUUCUAUGCAGCAACAGCUUCCUACGGUCGUUGAGGAAUCAGACUCUAAUCCUUCUCCCCUUGCAACACCUGUGCAAACCCCUACUGUUGCGUUGGAUGGGCCGCUGUUAGGAACAAAUGUUGAUGGCUCUUUAGAGGCUGUUCCGACAAUCGCCAUUCAGCCCGCAACGCCUGGGGAAGAUAACAGGAGGAGUCUUGAAAUACAAAACAUGCCUGGUGGAUUUCCGAUGUCAUCUGAGCGAAACACGACUACUAAAGUUGAAUCGACACCAGCUAGUGCUGCUGCAGCUCAGACGGAACCUUCUACACCUGCUAACGAUGCACCUACAACAGCCGAUGAUGACGAUGGAGAAUCCGAUGAGAGUGUUUACAGCGAUGCUGCCGAAGAACCAGAUGGCUUCGAUGGCGAUAGGUUCGGGUCAAUUAAUGCAAUUGUCGACAGUCCCAUGCCCUCAAAAACCAAGCCACAGCAACAGGCCCCAGAAAGCCCAAGUCCUUCACGCGUAUCACCGGUUACUGCACUUGCGGUCUCCCCACCGCAGUCGCCAUCUGCUCCGCAAGCCAUGACUCCGGAACCGUCUACCAAGUCUUCUGUUGUCGAGUCUCAAUCGCCAUCGAUUCCAAAGGCUACUAGCCCUACAGAAUCUGCCGAGCCUGUAAAGCAGCGCAAAAAUACAACCUCUGUAAAUGCUCCAAGGACUGCUGGGAAGCAAAAAGGUAUUGAUUCUUUCGACCCGUCUUGGCCGCUUCGAUCCAAGGAUGACCCGUCGCCCUCAGUAUCUACUCAAACCAAGGCGAAAAGACCCGUGUCUGGAAAUCCUCACCAAGGGUCGCAUCUGCGGAACGCGUUGGGAAAGAAUGAACGUCAGCGAGCAAAUCCUCAAAACAAACACUCAACCCCUGUCAUGCCUCAUGUGCCUAUUUCUCAACGCAUGUCGUCGCCUCCGCUCCCAAACAGCGCAACACUUAAAAAUCAGAGCAGUACCAAGCCAACCCAGAAGCCGAUGUCACUUGCAGGCAGCCUUAUCAGCGCCAAGGGCGAUGAUAGCGACUCCGAUAGCAGUUUCAAGCGGACCAGACGAUCAUCCCGGGCAGAAGGCCAGUAUUCAAUGAAAAGGACGAUGCGAGCGACGAGACCGGUCAGCAUGGCCGCAACAGAAACGAUGGUCGGAAGAUCCACAUCUCCACGAGCAUCAUCCAUGCGCAUGACGAUGCGUGGGCCGCCUCCGGAACGCUCAUCAUCGGGCUUCGCCAGUCUGCGAAAUAAGACGGCCAGUCCACGAAUGAGGACGUCAACCACGGCACCCUCGAUCAGAUCCCGGAUCAUUGAUUCUGAUGAUGAAGGAGACGGUGGCCGAAACAUUUUCCACAGCCGGUUUGCAGACUCGAGCGAUGAAGACGAGCCAUUAUCAAGUAACUUGACACCUGUGCGUGGCAUCCCUCGUCGCCGAGGCGAACUCGACCGUGAAUCGACCGAUCUGGAAGACAGUUCGGACGACGAAGGUAAACGGGCUGCUCGAAACGGGAUUAUCAGGCCGGGCUCGCAAAUAACACCGGCUGAUAUCGACGCUAUCUUGUCUCAACCGAGAAAACGCGGCGGUCUCUUGUCUCGAUUCACGUCGAAAGGCAAGGAUGGCAAAGUUCGCAAGUCUGACCUUGAAAGCGCGGCGAGAAGAGAUACUCCGUUGGAGCGCACACCAACGGAGCUAGCUCAGGUCAGGGAAGAAGUAGAGAUUCUCGGGGCUGGUCGAUCGACGACGCCAAAGCUUCACAAGAAAAACACGACUGCCCAAGGUUCGACUUGGCCGACCGCCUCGCCGGCGCCUUCGAGGGAGAUACCAAACCGACCGUCAACAUCAGAUGGGCUCGUGAAUGGUGUUGAUCGGACCGCUAUUGAGCGGCCGACGUAUAGUCGAAAAAAUACUUUGGACAGCUUAGAGUCCGAGCCCGUCGGGGCUGUCUCGGACGUGGUUGUUGGACGGACCGGUCGCAAAAAGCGCUUUCCGUUGUUGAGAAAGGCUUUUGGUCUACCUGUCAAUAAUUGCACGUUUGAUCAUAUUAUUUUGUCAAGCAUUAUUGUGAUGACGAUGUCUCAGCUCGGCGCGGAUCGGAGAAGCACCGACCCGAUCGGGGCUAGACGCGAGGCCGUUGCCAUAGAGACGCCGAGGCGCGUCUGCUCCACUAGGCGAUCUAGACUGGUAAUUUUACCAGCCCCGUUCUGUGACGGUACGGGACUGUAUGCAUGUGAAUUGCCACGUCCCCGUUUGCCAGCCAUCGCCGCAGCAACAGUCCAGAAAGAAAAACCACUGCAGUGGCUGGUAAACGAUGUCCAAAGGCAUUCGAGAAAGGACGCCCAAAGGACAGUCAAUCUGGACUUUGAGGCGCGCGUACCCAUCCCCUUCAGUGUCUUCCCGUCGUCGUACCGGAGUGACGCUGUCUCUGAGGCUACUCAGACCCGAGUAGAAGGAGAGGUCGACAUCAAUUCCACUUCGCGCGUCAGACGGGAAGAUACUGUUGGUGUAGCUGCUGCUCAACAACUGCCUGACCCCCGUGCCUACGGAAAGGAAGAAGUUGACGUUCGCAUCUCCGAAGACCGUCGUCGCUACGAGCCUGCUCCCACUCGAGUCUACCAGGAACAACGCGACCGCUACUACGAAAGCCAGCCACAGGUAGAGCUCUCUCGUGAUCGCUACCAAGAACCGAUUGGUCGUUACGAAGAACCACGCACCACUCAAGACAAAGCUCUUGAGACUCAGCUCGACAUCACCGAACGCGACUACCGUCGUCGUAUCCAUCCUACCUACGACGUCGACGUCUACGAUCGUCGCUACCAGCCUUCUACCGAAGCUUACCGUCCCGACAACACCUACGAGCUCACCAGCCAAGGUCGUGCUCCCUACCCCCCUGUCGACGUUUCUGUAACCAAGGAGACUAUCCGUGAAACCGCCCCCAAGUCCAAGAUGGGUUACUACGACGACGAAGGUCACUACCACUCUUUCCGCCGCGGUGUUGAGCGUGCUGCCGACCGCAUCCUCCACCCCUUCCACCAUGACCACAAGGAAGAGGUCGUGGCUGAGGGUCCCUCUCGUUACCGCGAGGGUGUCCGCGAGGAGGUUCGCGUUGUCGAGCCUCGUGGUGGCUCCUCCAACCGGGAGAGCGUCCCCAUCCCCGUCCACUUUGUCCGCGUCGGUGACCUGCUCAUCCUGCAGGGCCGUCCUUGCCAGGUGAUCCGUAUCUCUGUCUCCCCCCAGACUGGCCAGCACCGUUACCUCGGUGUCGACCUCUUCACCCGCCAGCUGCACGAGGAGUCGAGCUUUGUCUCCAACCCAUCUCCUUCCGUCGUCGUCCAGACCAUGUUGGGUCCCGUCUACAAGACCUACCGUGUCCUGGACAUCCACGAUGACGGCCGUCUCACCGCCAUGACCGAGACUGGUGAUGUCAAGCAGAGCCUCCCCGUCGUCACCCAGGGCUCCCUCUUCCAGCGCAUCCGCGACGCCUACAGCGACGGCCGCGGCAGCGUUCGCGCCCUCGUCAUCAACGACGGUGGCCGUGAAUUAGUCGUCGACUACAAGGUCAUCCACGGCUCCCGUCUGUAA